GUCACAUUCGUUUCCGCUGAGCCAGGAAGGGAACUCCCGGAGUACAACUCUUGAAUGAGAAAUCCGUAAAGAACGCGCCUUGGUAACUGGAAAGGCUCACGACGAAUCAGAUCUGUUGAGGUGGUAGUGAAGGUAUCCAUCCCAUUGGGCUUAGGAGAGGGGCGGAGCCUGAGCUGGGGCGGAGCUGACGCUGGGGGCGGUGCCUGCGCCGGGCGGACGCGCCGUUGCUCCACCCCCAGCGUUGGCGCGAGAUCUAAACUUCGGCGGGGUCUGUUAUGGUGGUUCCCUAAGGCGGCCUGAGACUCAGCGGUGAGUUGCUUCGGCUUGUUCUCUUCACCGGCCAUGAGGCGGAGAGGCCCGGAGGAGGAGGAGGAGGCCUGCGGCGUGUGGCUGGACGCGGCGGCGCUGAAGAGGCGGAAAGCGCAGACACAUUUAAUCAAGUCAAGCACCAAAAUGCUAACACUCUUUCCUGGAGAGAGAAAGACUAAGAUUUCUUUCACUCAAAGAAGUCAUCCACCUGCAGGCACUCGGCAGACCAGCAUUGCUUCCUUCUUCACCUUGCAGCCAGGAAAGACAAAUGGUGGUGACCAGAAAAAUGUUUCAUCUCAUAUAGAAAGUCAGGCCAACAAAGAGUCUAAGGAAGAUGCAGUCCAGCUAGACCAUCUGAUCCAGGGCUUGGAGGAUGAUUGCAUGGCACCCCCUUUAGCCACUUCAACCCCUGCAGACAUCCAGGAAGCUACUAGACUUUCUCCGAAGUCCCUCCGGACUAACUGCCACCAUGAAACAGGAAUCCCAUGCUUGACUGUGCUGUCUUUGUUCCAGCCUGAUACCUUAGUCCAUGCUAAAGAGGGUAAAGCCUCACUGGCUUGCUCCUUCACCCAAGACAUGAAGAAUCCUUGCUUGCUGGACCAAAAGGAGGGAGAAGAUUCUUCUUGGAAAAGGGACUGGCUUCAUGGAUCCAAGAAAAAUAACUAUCAGAGUGUGGAGAGAGACAGUAAAACACCUGGGCGCAAGCGCCAUCAGCUCUUGGACAAGACUAACUUGGAAAAUGUGUCUUCCAAGACAAACAGCCAGUCCCCUGUCCUUCAAACAUACAAGGAAUUCUGGACUGGAGCAGACACAGCAGUGAAACAAAGCCCCUGUCCUCCUCCUGUGUUUUCCUGGGACAGUGAAAAGAAUGACAAGGACUCCUGGAGCCAGCUUUUUACUGAGGAUUCUCAAGGCCAGAGGGUCAUAGCCCACAACUCUAGAGCUCCUUUCCGAGAUGUAACCAAUGACCAGAAUCAGGGCUUAGGGCAGCUUCCUAACAGCCCUUGGGCUCAGGGCCAGGAUAGGACCACUCAGUUAAAUCUGCAGCCUGAUUUGCUCUUUACCCAGGACUCUGAAGGUAAUCAAGUUAUCAGGCACUAAUUCUAAAUGCCUUUGUGAGGGUUUGGUUCUGAAAGUACCUUGAAAUGACAUAGAAGAAAGUAUCUUCGGGGAGGUGUUUUUUGUUUUGUUUUUUUAUCUUUCUAGGGUCAUACCCACAGUAUAUUUGAAGUUCCCAGGUGAGGGGUCUAAUUGGAGCUGUAGCCUCCAGCCUACACCACGACCACAGCAACACCAGAUCCAAGCCACAUCUGUGACUUUCAUGCUGCAGUUUAGGGCAACGCUGGAUCCUUACUCUACAGAGCAAGGCCAGGGAUUGAACCUGAGUCUUCAUGGAUACCAGUCAGGUUUGUUACGCUGAGCCACGACAGGAAUUUUUUUUUUUUUUGAGGGAGUUCUCUUGUGUAGUGGGAUAAGGAUCCGGUGUUGUCACUGCUAUGGUCUGGGCUUGGUCUUUGGUCCGGGAACGUCACAGACCACAGGCAAGGCCAAACAAACAAACCCUCAAAGUACUUUCUGAGGAGUAUGUUUGAAUAGAGGAAUUUAAGAUCUUUGUUUUAGAAAGGUCAUUCAGGAGAAUGACCUUGGGUGGGUGGGAGGCAUGGGAUGACGCUGUUAUUGAGCAUUUUCUUUAUAAAUAAAGAGGUAGUACUGCUUGUUGAGACAGUAUGAUUAGCAUCGUGCCUCCCCUGAGGAGGUGGUGGCUGGUAAAUUCCCUGCAUGAGCCUGAUGAGCACUGAGGGGUCAGGGCAGGUACACAUUCCCUCUGCUGAAGAGCCUGCUGCUCAGCCUGCACAGAGCUACCUCUCUGCUCUUCUCAGAUGCCUGACUGGGAACCUGCUGUUUAUGGAUAUGUGUUCUUUUCACCUCUGGCUGGGUAACUCAACCUAAGCUUGUGAACAUUAUUCUUGACACUUUUUUGGAUGAAGGCAAAUCUCCCAGAUCCAUGUUUACAGGGGCAGGGAUGUUGGCGAGAGAGGUAAUAUGAUUAGAUAGUUUUGUUAGUUUUUGGUAACAGCAUUUUAAAGUUACAUACUCUCUAUUUAAACAUCUCCCUAAAAAAAGGCUGACCUGUAUAACGAUCUAAAUGUGACUAUGUCAUUCUUCUACUACAAGGUGGGAGAGAACCUCCUUUGUAAAACUAUGAAUCCAAAUAAAUGACUAUUUACAAA